UCCCCCUUAACUUUUGUGUUGUGAAGACAAAACAGAUUCCAAAAGUGCUCAAGCGAGUGCGUAACUACUCUCCCAUGUCCGAUUCUAUUUCUUCGCCGCCCCCGAUCAUAUCCUCCGCCGCCGACGACAUUGCCGGCGAUGAUGUCUGCAGUAUCUGUCUCGAGCCUUUCAAUUUCACUCAUGAUCCUCCCUCUGUGACGAACUGCAAGCAUGAGUAUCAUCUCCAGUGCAUUCUUGAAUGGUCACAAAGAAGUAAAGAAUGCCCAAUUUGCUGGCAGAUUCUUUCCUUGAAGGAUCCGGCAAGCCAAGAACUUUUAGAUGCAGUGGAAAAUGAGAGGAUCCUGAGAUCAAGACUCGAGGCUCCCCAGAUUAAUGAACAUGAGGAUUCUCCAUACGUGGAUGCUUCUGAAUUUGAUGAGCAUAUUAUUAGAAAUUUUGCUGCUGCAGCAAGCAGACUUCGUCAUGCUAACAGAAGACGAAGACAGAGGUCUGCUGGAACAGGUCCAUCACAAGUCCAUCUCUCGGCACGAGAGGAGUUUCAAUAUUUUGGCAGUGAGCCAUCACAAGUUAAUUCAGAAGUAUAUAUCCCGUCAACUUUUUUUAUAGAUCCAACUCCACCAAACAUGUCCUCGUCAGUUGGGAAUGUUGUUUCUCAUACUAUUGACACCAGAGAUGCUACAGUUGAGCCCAGACAGCAACCACCUGGUAGUCCUCCAAAUUCAAACAUUUCAGAGUCCAUCAGUUUUCCGGAGACUAUUAAAUCUAAAAUAUCUGCUGCCUCAGCCAGGUAUAAGGACUCAUUCUCAAAAGGCACACGGGGUUUUAAGGAAAAAUUGUUUGCUCGCAAUAGCUCAGUUAAGGAACUGAGCAGAGAAGUUCAUCGUGAGAUGAGUGCAGGUAUAGCUGGUGUUGCGAGGAUGAUCGAGCGCCUAGAUUUUGCCUCUAAAAGAACAGGAGCGCCUGCUCCUUCAUCAAAAAAUGAUGGUGGAAUCACAAACUUGACUUCUAAAGGCAAAGGUGUAGAUCAAUCUCAUCAUGAAACCACCAGAGAGACUACUGAUGACGUUAGUUCAGAUCCAAUUGAAGUCCGCCCUGCAGUUUCACUACAGAUUAAAAACUGAUGCUUGAGAUUGAUGUGGUCCAUGUGGAGAAUCUACUUUCAGUUUUGUGUUUAUCUACAGCACCGAAGCUCCUUUGUGCAAGUGACGGUCCUGAGAAAAUUUAUCUGUGAUCACCUCAACAGAUGGUUGGCUCGCGUCCUGCGAUACUUAAUUAGCAACAAAAGAACUAUAUUCAAUUUCUAUGAAAUUUGAUACUGAGUCUGUAGGUCUGAUCAGUGUUAAAGAACUGUAUGUGUAACUUAAUAAGAGCAUACCCCAUGUGGGAGGGUUUGAAGAGGAAGGAGAACUCACAGAUAACAUCUUAGCCUAUUAUCUAUCUCUAAAAGACCCAUGUGUGUGUUUACUUCUGUUUCAAAAUUUACGUUCUGAGAUGUAAGGAGCUACAUAAUACUAGCCUGUUGAAAGAUGA